AUGUCUAACGACGGUAAUAAAUCCUCACGGAUAACGAUCCAGCUUGGAAAUCAUGCCCCCGCUGGUUCACCACACGGUUUUAAGAAACAUACACGUCCGACACAUGGAAAACGACAUCGAGCACAUUCGCCAAACGAAGAGUCUGGAUCCGAAGACAAUAGCGACGGCGAACACCAGUCGUAUGGCCGCAAAGAGACAAUCACAUCCUGGGAACUUCCGGGAGCGAACCUCGACACCGAGAAGCCCAGCCGACGCGGCAACUCGUCAAAACACAAAACAACUACGAAAGGCGAAGAACACGACGAUUCAGAUCAACCUGAUCGAAGGGGGGCUAGUCCAGGACCCAGAGAGCCUGAUAGCGAGCCAAGCGAUUCGGGGCCACAAAACAAACCGACAAAAUGGGGGUUGACCAUCAAUAUGAGGGGCGCAAAGGAUGGUGCAAAGGAAGGGUCAAACCCGCGGACGGGUGUCGCAGGUUCCAAGAGUGGUACAAAAAGGGAAGAUAAUCCGGCGAAAAGCAUCGAUGACGAAGCAUUGGAUGCCCUUAUGGGCGCGCGCAACCCAAAACGCAAGCACCCAGACUCCGGCGCGGCCGAUCGAGAACCACGAGCAGAGGACUACCAAUCCAUCCCAAUCGACGAUUUCGGCGCCCAUCUUCUCCGCGGGUUUGGUUGGGACGGCAAGAUGAAGGGGAAAGUAAAAGAUGUGACACGGCACGCCAACUUGACGGGGCUUGGGGCUAAGGAUGUAAAAGGUGCGGAGGAUCUCGGCGCGUGGAACCAAAAGACAGUCAAGGAUUCCCGCCCUGUCCGGCUUGACGACUACCGGAGGGAGGAAAGCAAGAAGCGCCAGCGCGUAGAAGACCGAUAUGCUGAUAGCUACAAACGGGAGCGGGAGCGGGAACGGGACCGAGAACGAGACCGGCGGCGAGAGAGAUAG